CCUAUCUACAACUUUCCAACAUGGCAGACCUCUCAAGGAACAACCUGCCUUCUCGUGCAAAACCCGCCAGGCGUGCAGCAGCUCCUUCCAUCAUCUCAUUUCCGCGAUUUCCUUGUCCCCACUGCCCCCGGCUGUUUGACUCCCCUCAAGCGCUCGGCGGGCAUCAGAACGCUCACAAACACGAGCGAGCAGCUCAGCGAACCUUUCCGGCCACUCAUCAGCAGCAAUACCAUGCAGCCGUGUUUUUAACGUGUGGCCGGAACACAUUCGUCCGCCCAUCAUCUCAUGUCCGCGAUUUCCUUGUCUCCACUGCUCCAGGCUCUUUGACUCCCCUCAAGCGCUCGGCGGGCACCAGAACGCUCACAAACACGAGCGAGCAGCUCAGCGAAACUCCCCGGCCACCCACCAGCAGCAACACCAUCCACUUGCUCUGUUCCCCACUGAUCAACAUCAACAACACACCUCAUCGAUAUUGUUACAGAAUAUUCUCCCUGAUUAUAUCCACAUUGUUAUGAUUAUAUUCAAAUUAUAAUUAAUUGACAUAAUUAGAUUAAUUGAUUUUGUACCAUAGAAUAUUCCCUUGUACAGGCCUAUAAAUAGGUACUUUGUAUAUUCAAAUGAAUCAAGAAAAGUAUUUUCUUCGUAUUUUUCUCUCUUGCUUAUUUUCUCACAUGGUAUCAGAGCUUUCUAAGCUCUUUGUUGCCUGUCGUUCUUCUAUCAGAGCUUUCUAAGCUCUUUGUUGCCUGUUGUUCUUCUUGAGAAUUGCAGAUUGCCAAGCAUCGCGUGUUUCCGGCCAUAUAUUGGUUCGCGUGAUUGCUGUUGUUUCUUCUACUGGUUUUCUCUGAUCUUUCACGGUGAUUUUCCAGAAUUGCAGAUUGCCAAGCAUCGCGUGUUUCCAGCCAUAUAUCGGUUCGCGUGAUUGCUGUUGUUUCUUCUACUACUUUUCACGGUGAUUCAGUUCUAUUGUCCGGAAUUGUAGAUCAGCUAUAAAUCAGCCAAAAUUAC